UGGAGCGGCUGGAGGUCGACCUCUUCAGGGGCCGGCACCACUGGGUGCCCGCUACGCAGCGCCUCUUCGGCGGGCAGAUCGUGGGGCAGGCCCUGGUGGCGGCCGCCCGCGCCGUUAGCCGCGACGAACAGGGGACCCCAAGGUGCCGGUGCUGUAUGAGGUGGAGCGGACCCGUACAGGGAAGAGCUUCUCUGUUCGUUCUGUAAAGGCCAUCCAGCACGGAAAGCCGAUCUUCACCUGCCAGGCCUCCUUCCAGCUCUCCCAGGAGAGCCCAGUGCAGCACCAGUUCACCAUGCCUGCUGUGCCACCCCCUGAGGAGCUGCUGACACAAGAGGAGCUCAUCCAGAAGUUCCUGCAGAAUCCUAACCUGGCAGAGAGAUACAGAAAGCAUCUCAACAAGAUUCAAGCCGAAGAUGUGCCGAUUGAUAUCAAACCUGUGAACCCGCCAGAUAUAUUCUGCUCAGAGCCACAAGAACCAAAGCAACUCUUCUGGGUGCGAGCACGAGGCUACAUAGGAGAGACUGACAUGAAGGUGCACUGCUGCGUGGCCGCCUACAUUUCUGACUACGCCUUCCUGGGCACAGCCCUGCUCCCGCACCGGCAGUACCGCAUCAAGUUCAUGGUGUCCCUCGAUCAUUCCAUGUGGUUCCACGCGUCCUUCCGAGCGGACCACUGGAUGCUGUACGAGUGUGAGAGCCCCUGGGCUGGCGGGUGCCGGGGACUGGUGCAGGGACGGCUGUGGCGCAGGGACGGGAUCCUGGCUGUCACCUGUGCGCAGGAAGGAGUCAUCAGGGUGGAGCAAACGCCAAACCAGAGCAAGCUCUAGCUGAGGAAGCCGGCAGCAGUGGUUCUACCAACCCCCUGCAGGUUGGGGCUCAGGCACGCCAAGGAGGGACCCCAGGACCAAAACAGAGGUGGGCAAGGCAGGACCCCAGGCAGCAGCAGGGAGAAGCCUCAAAGGAGACCGGGCUGGAUCCAGCACUGCGGGGAUGGGGAGCCACAGAGCCAUCCGCAGUGACUGCCAGCUGCACAGCACGUAACCACAUGCCACAAUCGGCCAUCCUUCACCUGCCUUAAAUAAAGCCAUCAAGUGAACAGCUGGGGUCUGUCCCCUGGACUUUGUCCCUUGGCUUCCAUGAUUGUGCUCACCCGAGGGAGCAUCUCCUGGCAGGGGAAGGGCAGGCAGUGCUGGGGGCACUGGGGGACAGCUCUGCCCCCCAGGAGGGAAAAGCAAUACUGCAGCUGAUGUGGCUUCCCCUUCUCACUUCUCCUGCCCUCCCUGUGCCCUGGUGUGUCAGUCACCGCUUCUGCUCACCCUCGGUCUCCUCCCAGGGGGGCCCAGCCCCUGGGAGCACAGGGAACGGGAUGAGUCAGCUCCCACCUCAGUGUGGGGGGCUUGAGGGUUCCUGCUGAUGGGGCCCUAGGGGAAGUGAAGCUGAACAGACACAGCAGGCACCCUGCUCUUCUUCCUACCAAGACUUUAUUAAAUAAAGUCCUUUUUAUUG